AUGUUGUUCUUAAAACGGAAAAGCGUAGCCUUACUACGCCAACUUAAUUUGAAUCAACCUAGUGUAGAGGAACUGCACGCCAUGGAUCAUGCAGAGAUAUCAGUGAGAUUAGAGCAGCUAGAUCGUAUUCAAGAUCAAUUCGAGUCAACGCAAUCUCAACUGGAAGAGGAAGACCCUAAUGAACUUGACGCCAACAAUCGCGAUGAAUUUGCAGCCACGUUCAUUAGGAGCAAGGCAGCAUUUACCAGAGAAUUAAACAAGGUGGAUUACCAACCAAUGUCGUCAACGAGGAAUCCACCACUUCAGGAGCAGCCAUCCGUCGUCAUAGUGAAGCAGCCAAGGUCGCGCCUACCAGAAUUACAGCUACCACAAUUUGGUGGAGCAUACACAGAAUGGCCGAACUUUUUUGGCAUGUUUCAAACGGUUGUUAACAAUGACUCUGAACUGUCGAAUCUGGAAAAAUUCCAGCACCUGCGAUCCUGCUUGAAGGGUGCAGCGCUGGACACCAUUCAAUCUCUUGAAAUUCGCCCACAUUCAUGA